CAAUGGGAGAGGAGAAGGGCAUGACACAAAUGCUAAAGGAAUGCAGUCUCAGUGACAAGUUGUGUAUUGUCUGGCACCAGCAGUAUGAAAUCAUCAUCAUCCCAGCCUUUCUGGUUGGUGCCUCCCUCAUCAUUCUUGGGGUCAUCCUGUGGCUUUUUAUCAGAGAAAAAAGAGCUCAACAGCAGUCUCCUGGACUCCAAGGCAUUGCUCCUGUGCCUCCAUUUAGGGGCCAAAACGGGGAAGCAGGAGGACAUGAGGGAAGUGUAUUUGUGCCACUUAAGGAGACAUCGGUGGAAAGCCUUCUACAAACAUCCACACAUGCCCUGGCUGAGCUGCAGAUACCUCGGGAGCAACUCUCUGAAGUUCUGGAGUGGAUCUACAAUGGUAGUUGUGGGGCCAUCUAUCGAACCAAGAUGUACCCUGGGGACCCAGCUAAGUCCAAGGACGUUGUCCUCAAGGUUUUAAAAGAACCAGCUAGGCUCCAAGAGAUACAGGAUUUCUUAGGGCGAAUCCAGUUCUAUCAGUACCUGGGGAAGCACCAAAACCUGGUACAGCUGGAAGGCUGCUGCACAGAAGGAGAGCCGCUCUAUAUGGUGUUGGAGGAUGUUGCCCAGGGGGACCUGCUCAGCUUUCUCUGGACCUGUCGCCGGGAUGUGAUGACUAUGGAUGGCCUUCUCUAUGAUCUCACUGAAAAGCAAGUGUAUCACAUUGGGAAGCAGGUUCUCUUGGCUUUGGAAUUUCUUCAGGAUAAACAUCUGUUCCAUGGGGAUGUGGCAGCCAGAAAUAUUCUGAUCCAAUGUGACCUUACCGCUAAGCUCUGUGGACUGGGCCUGGCUUAUGAAGUCCACACCCAAGGGGCUAUCAUCUCUACUAGCACCGUCCCCCUCAAGUGGCUUGCCCCAGAACGGCUACUGCUGAGACCAGCUGGCAUCAGAGGAGACAUCUGGUCCUUUGGUAUCCUGCUUUAUGAGAUGGUGACUCUAGGGGCACCACCAUAUCCUGAAGUCCCUCCUAUCAGCAUUCUACAGCAUCUGCAAAGAGGGAAGAUCAUGAAGAGACCCAGUAGCUGCACACAAACCAUGUAUAGUCUUAUGAAAUCCUGUUGGCGCUGGAAAGAGGACAAACGCCCUUCACUUAGAGAAUUAUGCUCACGCCUAGAAACUGCCGCUCGAACUGCAGAUGACAAAGCUGUGUUGCAGGUACCAGAGUUGGUGGUGCCUGAAUUGUAUGCAGCUGUGGCAGGCAUCAGCGCAAAGAGCCUCUCCUACAGCUACAGCGUCCUUUGAAGAUCCUGGGGCAAGAAACAUGUAUGGCUGAUCAUAAACUCUGGGAAUUCCUCUAAGAACAGAGGAUGGACUUUCCAGUGGGACAUAAAGGAAGAAGUGGGAGAUGGAGCUGGAUCUCCCCCUAUAUAUUUUCCUAGAUAUGUGAAAUGAUGCUGGGUGAGACUCUACACACCAGAGUAGAGAAAUACAGUUUCAUUUAUGUUGUCCCAUUCCUAAAGAAUUAGGGUAGAAGUGGUAGAUAAUGUCACUGCAAAGAAGGUUUUAUAAAUCUGAAAAAAAGUUUUCUGCGGGGGUCGGGGAGGAGGGAUCAUGGCACAAAUAAGCUGGUACAUCCUACCACUGGCUAGUUUCCUCCUGAAACAUGCUUUUAUCGAGACUAUUAUAAGGCCCAGAGAAAUUAGAAUCAAACGAGGAAAUAGCCCCAAAAGGAAUUGAUGAGAAAGAAAGCUAAAGGUUCUAUUUGCUCAGGGGUAUAGAUGUGAACCAAGGUCAUCCUUCAAAGAGAAGGUGGAGGGAAGAUAGAAAGUUCCACAGUAAUGAUCCCUUCAUGCAGGGCUAGAGGAGAGCCAUGAAGGAAAAUUUCUGAGUUUCCCCUGGGUACAGGUAAGAGAAAGAUGGUCCCCUUUUAUAUAAUGCUGAGGCAAGUGAACCCUGUUUAUACUACUUUUAACUAGAAGAUGGAGAGGUCAUUUGAUGAUUAAGAACAUUCAAUACAUAUUGUUCAUCAGUCUAGCUUCCUGGUCCCUAUAAGAUUAGGGAGACUGAGCCUAGAGUCAGUUAGGAACAUGAAUAAUAUACCGGGUAUGUUUAAAAAAUAUGAAAGGUGGAAACCAAGCAAGAAUGCUUAGUAGGCCAGGUCUUUAUCAAGGCCUACCAAAGUAUAUCCAAGCCAGAAGGAUAGUAGUUUCUGAUUUUGAAUUAUCCAUUGAUACUGUGAAACUUAUUCCAUUAAAUUAAUAUUUAUUGAGUGAAAGUAGGCUCUUCAGAUAUACAAUGGCCAGAAUCUCUAUAGUAGGAAGGAUAAAAGUGAAUGGAAGAUAGAAAAAUUAAAUAGAUAACCUACAUUGUCUGAAAAAGGAUAGAAUGGGUAUAAUACUUACCUCACAGGGUUGUUGUAAGGACUGAAGGAGAAUAUGUAUUUGUAUGAUAUCUGGCAUAUAAUACAUGCUCAAUAAAUGUUAGUUUCCUUUCUUUCCUCUUCCUAUUCUAGAAUCUUUUAUAUCUUUUUCUUUUAAAAUCUACUGUAGCCAAGAAGAAAACAUUGGUCACCAGUCACGCUGAUGUAGGAUAUGCCUAAAGACAAUGGU